AUGAAGGAGACAAUACGAGCCCUGCAAGCAAAUGAGACUCGCCCCAACGCAAGCUAUGGCGACUAUAGUCUCUUCCCAAGCAUGCGGUUACCCUCGAAGGUCAAGAUCCCUGAGUUUAAGACUUAUGAAGGCACGACAGAUCCGCGACACCACCUUCGCCAUUACCGGGGAAAGAUACUACAGUAUUGGGAUUACGAGGAAUUCGUCAUCCACUCAUUUCAAGAUAGCCUGACAGGAUCGGCCCUCGAUUGGUUCAUGUCGCUGAAGGCCGAAGACAUCCCUACAUGGGCGGACCUCUCCCGAAAGUUCAUCGAUCAAUACCAAUGCUACGCGGAGACGCCUUCGACCCUUCAAGAGUUGAGCACGAGAGAAAUGGCGCAAGGCCAAAAGUUCGAAGAUUACGCCGCCAAAUGGCGUGCCCAAGCGGCGAAACAUAUCCCUCCAAUCAGCAAGGUACAACAUAUUCAAUUAUUCCACUCCACCAUACGAGGAGUGUACUACUCGCAUCUGUUGGCCAACACAUCCUCGUUUUUCGACCUCAUCGAGGCCGAGAAGAAGCUUGACAUGGGUAUGAAGCUCGACGGGAUGGAAGGCCCUGUCGGCAAGGGUGAAGGAGAACCCUCUAGAAGGACCACCGUCGGAGUGCCCUCCACAGGAGGCAGGAAAGGCAAGGAAACGGCGGUCAACAUCGUCAACUCGGGACACCCAAGGGCCCAGCAUUACUUAGUGAAUCUCGCGCCCGUACCACCUGCCGCUCCUGCUUACUUCCCACCACCUCCACAGCACCAACCUCAAUCGAUCUACUACUCGGCUCCAACGGUUCCACCACCGAUGACCUCGCAGCCGUUCGUACAUCACUAUACACCUGUCUCAACUCCAUCCCCUCAACCUAAGCCUCCGAUGUCGAGAGCUCCUCCGCCGGCGCAGCAGGCCCCUGGUUCACAAGGCCCACAGGUCGACGCCGCUCAAUACCGAUCACGCAAGCAAAGGAUCGACAACAACAGGCUCACCUUCAAUGUCAUCAGGCCCCCAAAUGUGCAGGCUAACCCCCUCCCUGAUCACAGGCCGAGCUCGGGACCCUACAUAAACAUGAUCAGUGUAUGCACCUUGUGGGAGGACGCGAACGUACAGGAUGAUCCCCCUCCCUUCGUGAUCGAUUAUACCCCUAAAGAACCCACGGUCGAGUUCACAAGGCAUAUAGCCUCACUAGCCCCUCUUGUCAUAGAUAUCCCCGCCCGGGAACCGUAUUUGGACAACAAAGUCCCUUGGACCUAUGAAAGAGGCGUCGGGAACCUCGAGCGACAGUUCAGUGUCAUGGGCGUGACACGCUCGGGGAGAGUAUAUGAGAAUCCGGUGAUCACAGACAAAGGGAAGGCGCGCGCCACUGAAGUUGGGGCAGUACCCAGAACUACGCCUUUUCCGCCCAAUAAGGUGACCGAAGAGGAAGUUGAAGUAUUCAUGAAGAUCAUAAAGGCGAGCGAGUACAGGGUGGUAGAGCAGAUGGCCAAGUCUCCAGCCCAUGUCUCUCUACUCACUCUCCUCCUCAGUUCGGAGCCACACCGGGAGGCUCUCCUGCAGGUGUUAACGGCGGUGCAAGUCCCGAAGGAAACGCCCCUAGACAGGAUAGAAGCGACCGUUAGCUCCAUUUUCUCCAACACCAUCUCGUUUUCGGAAGAUGAACUCCCCUCCGAAGGGUGGGCACAAUCACGGGCGUUGCACAUCGUCUGCAAGUGCAACAACUAUGUCAUCGGCGAGUCAUGA